UAGCGGAAGAAUCGCUUUGCAUAUAAGCCAUUGACAAAAAAAAAGCUUAAACAAAAAAGAAAAAAAAAAUAGAGAGAGUUUGAGGCGUAGGGAGAGACCGAGCGAGGCUUUUGGGUUUGUUGAAACACUGAGCCGCGGCCAUGUCCGAGUCUAAAGAUUUCACUUCUGUCGAUAUAGAAAAAAUCUUUCUCGGCGGAAAGGAACAUCGUGUAAGAACUGGCCGUGGUUCUGUUUCUGUUAUUGUCUAUGGUGACCAAGAUAAGCCGGCGCUGAUUACUUAUCCUGAUUUAGCUCUAAAUCAUAUGUCUUGUUUCCAAGGAUUAUUAUUUUGUCCUGAAGCGGCUUCUUUGCUGCUACACAACUUCUGCAUUUACCACAUUAGUCCCCCUGGACAUGAGUUAGGAGCUGCUCCAAUUUGCACAAGUGAUCCGGUGCCUUCUGCUGAUGAUUUAGCAGAUCAAAUCAUUGAGGUUCUUAAUUUUUUUGGGCUUGGUUCGGUAAUGUGCAUGGGGGUGACGGCCGGUGCGUACAUCCUUACCUUAUUUGCCAUGAAAUAUAGAGAUCGUGUUCUUGGGUUAAUACUUGUCUCUCCUUUAUGCAAAGCACCAUCUUGGACUGAAUGGUUUUACAACAAGGUGAUGUUGAAUUUGUUAUAUUUCUAUGGUGUAUGUGGAUUGCUCAAAGAGGUUUUGCUUCAGAGGUACUUCAGCAAGGAAGUUCGUGGUUGUGUGGAAGUUGCAGAGUCGGAUAUAGUUCAAGCAUGUAGUAAAUUACUUGAUGAGAGACAGAGCAUAAAUGUUUUGCGGUUUCUUCAAGCAAUCAACAAGAGGCCUGAUCUUACUAGCGGGUUGAAAAGAUUAAAGUGCCGCACUCUUAUUUUCGUGGGUGAUAAUUCUCCAUUUCAUUCCGAAGCGGUCCACAUGAUAUCAAAAUUGGAUAGAAGAUAUAGUGCAUUAGUCGAGGUCCAGGCUUGUGGAUCAAUGGUAACAGAAGAACAGCCGCAUGCAAUGUUAAUCCCGAUGGAGUACUUCUUCAUGGGUUAUGGAUUGCACAGGCCGUGCUGCCUCAGUGACAGCCCGAGGAGUCCCCUCAGUCCAUCUUGCAUCUCGCCUGAGCUUCUCUCUCCCGAAAGCAUGGGUUUGAAGCUAAAACCGAUACGAACCCGUGUUUAGCCUGAAGUUGAAGUGCAGGAGAAGGGUAGAAUAUGAUCCAUUUUCACAUUUUCAAUUAAACAAAUUUUUUGGUUCUUUUCUUUAACUCCUUGAAAAGGGUAGGUGUUCGUUGGAGGUGUUGUAGAUAGAAAAAAAGAGUUAUAUAUAAAUAUACAAGAAGAUGACUUGCAACUCAAUUCUUUUGUAGUCAGCCAUAAAAAAGAGUCUACUGAGCUAUAUGUAAAUUCUGAAAUUACUAUCAAUUAAAAAUAAUCAGGACUCGUCCUGCUUAAGUUAAUUAUAAUUUAUUA